AUGGCCAACGUCUCAAACCCAGAACUCGCCGCUGCCUACCAAGAUGUCCUCACUGACGCCACCGAGACCAACUGGUGCCUUUUCGGUUACGAGGGUGCUAGCAACAUCGUCCUCCAAGGAAAGGGUACCGGCGGUCUCGCCGAGUUGGUUGGUAACUUUGCCGCCGACCAGUGCCAGUACGCCUACCUCCGUGUCCUCUCUGGUGAUGAGGAGUCAAAGAGAGCCAAGUUUGUUUUCAUCUCAUGGUGUGGUGAGUCUGUUGGUGCCUUGAAGAGAGCCAAGAUGUCCGUCCACAAGGCCUCUGUCAAGCAGGUCAUCAAGAACUACGGUGUUGAGGUCCAUGCCACCACCCACGACGAGCUCGACGAGUCUGCCCUCUUGACCAAGAUCAAGAAGUCCUCCGGUGCUGACUACUCUGGAAACCCCGGUUCCCAGUAA